AUGUCAUUAAUAAUUACGUUAUUAUUAUGUACAAUUUUAUCUGAUAUUAAUAUAAAUUUUAUAGCUGAAACUGAACGCAAGAGAAAAGUUAAAGAAGCUCAUUUACAAGCACCAAUUCCUGAUAAAUCAUCAUCAAGUAUUGAUAUUAAUGUCCAAUUGUCCUCACCCGAAGUUAUUAAGGAGAAAUCUGCAUCAAUUCCUUCUAAACAAUUAUUGAAGCAUCUUCAAAUUGUUUAUAAUAUUUAUAAUAUUACAAUUUAUAAUUUAAUAAAUAUAGGAGGCAAUAAAAGUUCAACUAUAAUGACGAGAUCAAGUUCAACAAAAGAAAAAAACAACUAA